AUGGUACCAGCAAUGAAGCGAAUGAAUCUUCUGAGUGCCAUUGCUCUCGCUUGGGCUGUCCUCUUUGAUGGCGUUGAGGCUCAGUGGGUCCAAGACCAUCGAUGCGCCCGACGUCUCUCUGUUGACUUCCAGUUCGGGGUAGCAGAAGAAUGGAAGCAUGAUCAACAAUCAAAGGUUCAAGAGCACGUUGAUAUUGUGUAUGGAGUUAAUAGUGACAAUGAGUCCCAAGAGAGCGUUGCCAGCAGAAGCGAUGGUGAAGAUCAGGAAGACUUCUGGUACAGCUAUCUUCGUGGACACAGCGAGCCACCGUUCGCCAGGGACCAAGCUACCAAUCAGAGUGAACGCCAAAUUUUGGAAGAAGACCCAACAUCUUUUAUGAUGCGCCUUCAUUGGGAAAAGGGAAAUUGUUGGCAAGGAGAAAGGAUUCGGCGACAGUGGUGUAUGGCAUGUGACAAAGGCGAUGACUGCAGGUCGGGCGACAAACUGUGGACUCAAUUCUGCGACAACAGCGUUGGUCAGAAAUUUACAUGGAUACCACGGGUGGGUCCUGCCGACGACGAUGACAACCAGAACUAUGGACAACUCAAACUUGCAUACUUUAACCUCUGUCUAGAGCGCAUGACUACGAACACGUAUCAGCUCCAACGGUGCGACUCGGACUCGCCAUAUCAAGUAUUGGUUGGAUGGCAUCCCACGCGACCCUUUGAGCUCCACCCCACUGAGAACCAUCAAAAAUGUAUCAAUCAGCAUCACCAUCCUAGACCCCAAGAAGAGAUUGCCAAUACUUUUUGUGACUUGGCGGCACAGUUUCACACCAAUCUAUGGGAGGUUUACAGGAACAACAACGCAGGCAACGAAAUGGUGCGACUUCGUAGGCCUCAGUGUUCCCGAGAUCGGCCGUGUUCACGUUGUGAAGGAGACUGCGACUCCUCUCUCGAAUGUGCAGGUGACCUCAUUUGCGUUCAAAGAGAAACAGGCGACGCACAAAUGCCAGUUGCAGGUUGCAAUGGGAUUCCCAAUGUCAACGCCGACUAUUGCGCAAGGCCAGAAGACGUCUUUCGAUCGGAAGUCCCCAACCACAGUUUGCGGCUAAGGGAUAGAGACUGCAGCGCCGACAACCCAUGCGUAAAUCAGUGCGAAGGCAACUGUUGGGGUGACAAUACUUGCUAUGGUACCAUGAGGUGCUUUCGGCGAGAAAGCACGAGCGAAAGGGUACCUCAUUGCGCAAUGGACCCAGAGGCACCGGCUGCCAACUACUGCUACGAGCCCGACGAAGAAAAAUCCUUGACACCUCAAACGCAUUUAAUAGAAAUACCAAAUGGGUGCACAGAGGAUAAACCUUGCCUGCAAUGCCAAGGCGAUUGUGACAACGACUUACAAUGUUAUGGCCCAUUGAGAUGCUACCAACGUCAAGCGGAAAACGCUCGGGAGAACGUUCCCGGGUGUUUAGGUUGGGGCAUCAGCGAGGCAGACUAUUGCUACUUACCAGAUGUUCCAACUCCGUCUCCUGUAGCAGAACUUGAAGACGACGACGAUGAUUCAGUUAUCAUCCCAGCAACCCCAAAUCAGGAAACUCUUCCCAACCAAGCAUCCGUGACGUUAGGAAGCCCGAAGCCUUUGAAAGCUGACACAAAACGGUGUAUGGCCAAUGACCCUUGCGUUGAAUGCGAAGGAGAUUGUGAUGGUGACGCAGGCUGUGCUGGGUCUUUGGUGUGCUUCCAACGCCCUUGGCAUCAGCCCUAUCAGAAGGUACCAGGUUGUGUAGGGCGGGGUGUUGCGGGGGCAGAUUAUUGCGUCAAGGCAUGA